CCGUCGGGUAGUGUGCAAGUGGACGGUGAAGUGCAUGUGUAUUUUUCGCGUGGAAAUACAUUUCAUCAACGCAUGAUAGGUGCCACCGCCACAUAUACAAGGUGGACCAGGAAACAAUGGUAGAAGCUACGUCAUUAUUGGCGGUGUUGUCCAGUGAAAUCACUCGCAGUCAGCAUGAGGAAGUCAAAAUUGCAUUCGAAGACGCAUUCAUAUGCAUAUUUGGAUAAACCCCGCGUGAAACGGCGCCAUGGCAUUCUAGACUCAUUAGUGAACUCAUUAACGACAUUUUUGUGGCCUGUGGCGAAUCCAUUUUCCCCAACCCCAACCAGAAGCUGGAUCGAACAAACUUUCCACAAGCGCGAGUGUUCCCGAUUCAUAGUCCACGCGAAAGACGAAUCAAGAUGCUGUUGCGGCCGUAGUUUUGAUCAACACAAACAUCUGGCUGAAAACAACCCAUCACUCACACCGUUCGGUUGCGAGAUAUGGUUCCCCAGCAAGUGUACCGUGGCUCUACCCACAGACGCUUAUGGUAUACUCGAGUUCCAGGGUGGACCUCAUCCAUCCAAAGCCCAAUAUAUCAGGGUAGCCCACGAUACCAAACCCGAACACUUAAUGCAACUCAUCACUCGCGAAUGGUGUCUCGAACUGCCAAAACUGCUCAUCUCUAUUCAGGGCGGCAAAGCCAACUUCGAACUUCAGCCAAAGCUCAAGAAGGUGCUCCGAAAGGGUUUGCUCAAAGCUGCUCGUUCAACUGGUGCAUGGAUUUUUACGGGGGGAACGAAUACAGGAGUGACGAAACAUGUUGGAGAUGCCCUUUUGCUAGAAAGAUCUCAAAGAACUGGUCGGGUGAACACACUAGGAAUUGCGCCAUGGGGAAUAGUGGAGAACAAUCAAGAUCUAAUAGGUCAUAACACUGAAGUACCAUAUCAUUCUAUAUCAUCACCGAGAUCUAAAACGGCGGCCUUAAAUAACAGACACGCAUAUUUCCUGCUGGUAGAUAACGGAACUGUGGGAAAAUAUGGUGCUGAAAUUAUCCUCAGACGUAGACUAGAAAAGUAUAUAUCAAAACAAAGGCUAUAUCCAUUUACUCAAAGUCCUAUUCCGUUAGUAUGCCUAGUAAUAGAAGGCGGAACAAAUACAAUAAGGGCCGUACUGGAAUACAUCACAGACGAACCUCCAGUACCAGUGGUAGUUUGCGAUGGUUCCGGACGAGCAGCCGACAUAAUCGCUUUCAUGUGCAAAUACGAGUACAGCGUCGUGAAGACCAUGAAAGAGUACAUAGUUGCCACCAUCCAACGAGCCUUUGAAGUACCUAUAGAGCUGGCGGAAGGUUUAUUUUGUGAACUUUUACAGUGUGUCGAAAAUAGACAUUUGAUAACAAUAUAUCGGAUAGCCGACAAAUACGACCAAAAACCUCAGGAAUUGGAUCAAACUGUGCUGACUGCCCUAUUCAAAUCCCAGCACCUGUCACCCACUGAACAACUCAGUUUGGCCCUCACCUGGAACCGAGCAGACAUUGCACGAUCGGAGAUUUUCGUGUACGGUCAGGAAUGGCCAGCUGGAGCCCUCGAAGAAGCCAUGAUGAAGGCUCUGGAGCACGAUCGGUGCGAUUUCGUCAAACUACUUCUAGAAAAUGGUGUUAGCAUGAGGAAGUUUUUAACAAUUCCAAGGCUGGAGAAUUUGUAUAACUCCAAACAAGGGCCUAGUAAUACUCUGAGGUAUAUAUUGAGGGAUGUUCGGCCUCAUAUUCCGGCAGGUUACGUCUACACACUCCACGACAUCGGAUUAGUCAUAAAUAAAUUGAUGGGUGGAGCUUACAGGGCCUUUUACACUCGAAGGAAAUUCAGGCCUAUUUACGCAAAAGUAAUGAACAAAGGACAAAGUAUGCAGGGAAAUUCCACGGCCUAUGCCAAACAGUUUGGCAACGCCAUGAGCCUAUUGGCUCAAGCAUUGCCUAGCAGCGCUAACCCUUGUCUUUUUGACUAUCCAUUCAACGAAUUAUUGAUCUGGGCUGUAUUGAUGAAGAGGCACAAAAUGGCCUUGCUAAUGUGGCAGCAUGGUGAAGAAGCCCUGGCUAAAGCCCUUGUGGCUUGUAAGCUAUACAAAGCAAUGGCACACGAGGCAGCUGAAGAUGACAUGGAAACUGAAGUCUAUGAAGAACUUAGAAGUUACGGCAAGGAAUUUGAAAACAUCGCAUUGGAAGUACUGGACUAUUGUUAUAGACAAGACGACGACAGGACGCAACACCUAUUGACGUGUGAAUUACAAAACUGGUCAGGACAAACUUGUCUUAGUCUUGCUGUAGCAGCUAAUCACAGAGCAUUACUAGCGCAUCCCUGCUCACAGAUUAUUUUGGCCGACUUAUGGAUGGGGGGCUUACGAACUCGUAAAAAUACCAACAUAAAAGUUAUUUUAGGAUUAAUUUUUCCACCGUACAUUCUGAAACUCGAGUUCAAGUCGAAGGAAGAACUGCAACUUAUGCCCCAAACAACGGAGGAGCAUUUAGAAAAUGAGAAUGAUGAUGAUGAUAAAUCUGAUUCCGAAAAAAAUCCUGAUGGAGAGAAGCGCACUAGAAGUCUGAGUAUGAGAGGCAGAACAACGGCGUCGCAAGGCGUAAAGGCACUACUCACCGAGAACUUCAUCCCACGAGACACCAUCGUCCACGAGAACGGUAAGGUCAUGCCGGACAUGGACGAGCACAAGUACCAUCAUAUCUAUUAUGCAGAUACUUACCUGGACUUGGUGCCCAAGAACAAGGAGCUCAAGGUCCGGAAAAAAUUCAAUGAGUUUUACACAGCGCCAAUCACCAAAUUCUGGUCAAACUCCGUUGCUUACAUAUCAUUCCUGGUAAUCUUCAGCUACACUGUGUUAGUAAAAAUGGGCCCAAUGCCGAUAUGGCAAGAGUGGUUUUGCAUAGCUUUCAUUUGCUCGUUAGGUUGUGAGAAACUCAGAGAAUUAUUCUCAUCAGAACCGGUAGGAGCCACACAGAAACUGGCGGUUUGGUCAUGGAACAUGUGGAACCCUUGUGAUAUGGCCGCAGUGAUGUUGUUCUUAACCGGUGUCUGUCUGAGAUUUCAGGCCGAUACAUUUGAAGCAGGAAGGGUUAUUUACUGUGUGAAUUGUAUUUAUUGGUACCUUCGUAUUCUGAAUAUAUUAAGUGUAAAUAAAUAUUUGGGACCACUGGUAACCAUGAUGGGUAAAAUGGUUAAAAACAUGAUAUAUUUCGUAGUCCUCUUGCUGAUAGUCCUCAUGAGUUUUGGAGUAGCCAGACAAGCAAUCCUCUUUCCAGACACUGAACCGAAUUGGGGCAUUGCCAGAGACGUGUUUUUGGAACCGUAUUUCAUGUUGUAUGGUGAAGUGUACGCGGAUAAGAUCGAUCCUCCUUGUGGCGAAGAAGGAGAACCUGAAUGUCAGACCGGAAGAUGGGUUGCACCGACGAUAAUGUCCAUUUACUUAUUAGUUGCGAACAUUCUUCUAAUUAAUUUGUUAAUUGCUGUGUUCAACAACAUUUUUAAUGAAGUUAAUGCUGUAGCCCAUCAAGUAUGGAUGUUCCAAAGAUUUACCGUGGUUAUGGAAUACGAACAGAAGCCCAUAUUGCCUCCUCCUUUUAUUGUGUUUUCACAUAUCUAUUUGUUGUUUAAAUUUAUAAGAAGAAAAAUGGACGGUAAGGAGGAGAUGUUCGAUAAUGGUCUCAAGCUAUUCUUGGACAGAGACGAAAUGGAACGUCUGUAUGAUUUUGAAGAAGACUGUGUCGAGGGUUAUUUCGCUGAGCAAGAAAGUAAACUACAGCAAAGUACGGAAGAACGAAUAAAGGUUACAACUGAAAGAAUUGAACAUCUUACACAGAAAGUUGAAGAUAUACACAGCAAGGAAAACAUGCAGACGACAUUACUUCAAAAUUUGGAAGUUCGUUGUCGUAAAUUCACUGACCAAAUGCAAGAUAUCACUACGGAAUUGGAAUGUCUCAGGUCUAUUGUUUCCAACUACAAUCUGCCGUCCACCGAAAAACCUAUGGGACCUGAGGAGCCCAGAGAGAGGAUCUCAAGCGAAAAAUCUGAGCAAGGUUCUGAUGAUUUAACUCUUCUUGCUGCGCCGACAUCCAUGAGGAAGAGGACUAUCGUCAGAUCCCUCACAGAGGUUCGGCCCGAUGCUUAUAUCUUUGAUAAUGGACAGCACAUUGAGUACCGCUACGAUGAAGAGGAAGAAGAUCUGGACGAUGCAAUUUCCGUCUCUGGAAGUAGAAAGGAACUAAGCAUUCCAAGGCAAAGGACACGCUCAACCGACUCCAAAGCUUCAAUAGAAAGUCGCGAACCAGAAGAACUAUCCGCGGACGAUUUGGCAGCCUUGAGUCUGGACAUCUUGAGGAACAGGGCUGCACAAAAACGAAGGGACUCAACAGGAACCGCCAGAAGAGGUUCCGAAAGUGGCGACGAGUCGUCCCAGCCGUUGUCUGCCAGCAAACCGUCCCUGUCCAAACGGCAAUUCAGCCAGACGCAGAGCGAACCCGAAUCGUCGGAACCGCCCCUUUCGACGGGCAGUCUGCAGAACUGCGCGCAGCUGGAGCGCAGCGUCACCUUCACCGAACCUAAGAUCAAGGUGAUACCGCCCCCCGGGAAGAGGAGUGCGUUGUUGAUGCACAUGCACACCGAGUACACGAGCAUCACCGACGAGUUGGAGAGUGUGUGUGGUUUGCUGAGUCCGCCGCGGACACCUGGACUAUUGAGUCCGCCGAGGCCAGAUCAGUCGCCGCCAAAUCAACUAGGGCUAGGUUUUGGGAAAAAGCAAAUUUUGCUAACAGCAUGUUUUAGUGACCCAUUCCUACAACUUCAAGGCCACCGUAAACGUAAUGCAUCAGAGAUGUCGAACCCGGAGAUCGCGAUCAAUUUCGAAAAGGAACACUUGCGUAGCGCGGAGGAGAGCGACUACAUGGUAAUGGAAAACUUAAUUCAGCGUCGAUACGACGAAGAAGAGGAAGAAACUCUUGAACCAAAUCCAGCCCUGCUCAGUGUUGUCACCGAAACCAGGGAAUUCAGGAUCAAUUCCUGGCCAAAUAGGAUGCUGCGAAGGUCGAGUGCCAUCGAAUCCGACGUGCCCGCCAAAACUCCCCAUCUAGGAGAGUCAAGUGGAGAAUCUGGAGAGCGACAAGAUUCGUCGGAAUCUCAUACAAGCUUCGAUAUGACUGCUGUCAUUGGUCAACCUCCGAUGCCGCAGCGACCUUCCAUCGUUAUAGAUUCCUCUCAACUACCUACGAUGCAACGUGAGGUCGAACUGGCGAAGUCUGAAUCAAAGGACAGCCUGCACAUGCAAUCGGAAACCAUGUGCUGAGACGUUAAAAAGUCUCUUUUAUUUAUUCGUUGUCGUGUCAUAUUCGUUCUGGUUUGAAAUUUAGCAUGAUUGGGAUAGAUCUGUCCAUUAAAAAAUUGUAGAUUUAUCAAUGUUGUCUCAAGAAUUAAAAGUGUUGUUGCCCAAAAAUGCGCGUGUAUAUUCACAUCAGAACAAGGCAUUAGCUUAAAAAUUUAUAUACCGAUUAGAGAUAUUUGUAGUUGCUCUCUAAAUUGGCAAUAAACGGUAUCAUGUCAUGUAAUUUAUUUAAUAAGAAUUUAGUAAUUGUGAGUGAUAGGCGUUUCUGAAAAAAUAGAACUUUUACUGUCAACUACAGAUAUGUCGGUACGUAGUUAUGAACUAUUCAGAGUAUUUUAUUCUUAUUCUUAGGAUAAAUAAAUGCAUAUAUAUUUCAAAUAAUCUCUACCCAGUCUUUCCUAAAACAAUUAGUGAACAGUACAAAAUUUCUGACAAGGUUUUACUUACUUGUUGACUUUAGCCGUUUAGUUCAAAACCCACAAAAAAAUAAACUAUAUAAUUCACACAUGUAAAUAACUUGACCAAAACUGAUCUAGUUGGUUAGAUUAUUAGUAAAAAUAGUUCUUGAAAAAAGUUUGUCUGCUGAAUAACUGAAUUUUAUACCUACUCUAUAGGUAGACACUUGUAUCACUCUUAUCUUGUAACUAUCAUCUGUAAAAUGCAUUACUCAACUUUAGAGAAUUUUCAAAAGAUUAAUGUAGAUCCUCGAAUUUUUGUAAUAUCAUUGCUUAUUUGUUUUUUAUAACUUGAUUAUUUCAAAUCUAGAAUUAGUUUUAUCAAUAUACAAUUAUUUAUAUUACACAAUUUUGUAUGCAAUUUUAAAGUCAAAUUAUUUCUGCUGAGACUUUCUCUAUUUUCUUCCAAAUUUUUUAGCGUGUGAAUUUUUUAAAACACGUUUAUAAAUUAGAAGUUGGCAAUAACUAUAAUCUUUUUCUAAUUAUGUGUAAUUUUGUUCUUGAUAAAUUUCAAUUAUUGUGAUAUUUUCAAAAUGAUAUAGGACUCUCCAAUCUUUUCUUUCACACACAAAUCAAUAAUAAUAAAAGGCCUAGUAACUGAUAUUGUAUUUUGCACAAAAUGGGGAAUCCAGUAUCCAAGCACACUUAAUUAAUUGUAAGUAAUAAAAUUUUGACAAUAUUGUAGAAGUACCCAAUCAAAACGUUACGGUAGAAAUACAUUAAAAUUCAAAUUGCCUAGUCAGUAAUGGGUUAAAAUGUGACAGAUUUUACUUUAUUCGGCUGACGAAUUAUGUCUUCAAAAACAAAUAGGUAGUCUAAAGAAAACAAAAACCGACUAAACCUUGUCGGCCUUAGGUACUUUUUCUUUAAACUAUCUAAUUGGGACAACCUCACACAAUCAAAUAAGUCUUUGCCUUAUUUUUGUGUAUAUAAUUGAAUAUUGUAAAAAUAUGUAGCUCAUAGUAGUGCUCAAGUGUAGAGUAGCAAUAAAUUGUCGUAAAAUAGGUCAAAAAAUAA